GGGCGAUAGUGCAGCAGUCGCGGCCGCGGUUCCAGCGCGUCCCGUCGGGUUCCUCCAGGAGCGCCAUGGCGGAGCUGUGCCCCCUGGCCGAGGAGCUGUCGUGCUCCAUCUGCCUGGAGCCCUUCAAAGGGCCGGUCACCACGCCCUGCGGCCACAACUUCUGCGGGUCGUGCCUGGACCAGACGUGGGCCGUCCAGGGCCCGCCGUACCUAUGCCCGCAGUGCCGCACCGGCUUCCAGACGCGGCCACAGCUGCACAAGAACACGGUGUUGUGUGCGGUGGUGGAGCAGUUCCUGCAGGCCGAGCAGGUCCGUCCCGAGCUCCCCGACGACUGGACGCCGCCCACCCGGGCCGCCGCCCCCAACCAGGCCGACCAGGUGCCUUGCGACCACUGCCUGAAGGCGGCCGCCGUCAAGACGUGCCUGGUGUGCACGGUCUCCUUCUGCCAGGAGCACCUGCGGCCGCAUCUCGACAGCCCCGCCUUCCGGGACCACCCGCUGCAGCCGCCCAUCCGUGACCUGAUGCGCCGCAAGUGCCCCCAGCACAACCGGCUGCGGGACUUCUUCUGCCCUGAGCACGGCGAGUGCAUCUGCCACAUCUGCGUGGUGGAGCACAAGACCUGCUCGCCUGCGUCCCUGAGUCAGGCCAGCACUGACCUGGAGAACAAGUUGAGGCAUAAACUGACUGUCAUGUACAGUCAGAUCAACGGGGCGUCAAGAGCACUGGAAGACGUGAGAGCCAGGCAGCAGGACGUGCGGGAGGUUGCACACAGGAAGAUGGACCAGCUUAGACAAGAAUACAUGGAAAUGAAGGCUCUCAUUGAUGCCUCAGAGGCCAACUCCACACGAAAGAUAAAGGAAGAGGAGAAGAGGGUCAACAGCAAGUUCGACAACAUUUAUCAGAUCCUCGUCAAGAAGAAGAGUGAGAUCCAGACCCUGAAGGAAGAGAUUGAACUUGCCCUGACUAAGGGGGACGAGUAUGAGUUUCUGGAGAAAGCAGCAAAACUGCAAGGAAUCACAACGAAGCCAGUCUAUGUCCCCAAGGUGGAGCUGAAUCACGAGCUGAUAAAGGGUGUCUGUCAGGGCACCUCUGAGCUCAAAAAUGAGCUGAAGCAGUACCUCAAACAGCUCCAGGACAAGAAGCCUGAGGAGCUCAUCAUCCCAGGGGGCCCUGGAGGACAUGACCUGCCGCACAUGCCGAAACCCCCACGGCCUAUGAAGAAGAUCCCGAAAGAAGAAAAGAAACCCAAGAAACCUGCCCCAAUCCUUGUCUCAGCCAGCAAGCUUCCCACCUUCGGAGCCCCAGAACAUUUAGUGGAUCUCAAACAAACUGGCCAGGAGGGUGAGUUCUGGUGGGCCAGGGGCAGUGGGCUGCCCACUCUGAGUUUGUUCCGAAAACAUCUCUCUCUUCUUCUUCCAGCUGAGGCCAAAGUCCCCGCCAGACCGUUGACCCCAGUGACUCUCAAGGCCAAGGUGCUGGAGACCUUCCUAGCCAAGUCCAGGCCUGAGCUCCUGGAGUAUACUGUUAAAGUCGUCCUGGACUACAACACUGCCCACAACAAGGUGACUCUGUCCGAGGACUACACCGUAGCUUCUGUGGCUGACGUACCCCAAAACUACCGAUCACAUCCCCAGAGGUUCACAUGCUGCUCUCAGGUGUUGGGCCUGCACUGCUACAAGAAAGGGAUCCACUACUGGGAGGUGGAGCUGCAGAAGAACAACUUCUGUGGGGUGGGCGUCUGCUAUGGCAGCAUGGAACGGCAGGGCCACGAGAGCCGGCUUGGCCGCAACAGUGCCUCUUGGUGCGUGGAGUGGUUCAAUACCAAGAUUUCUGCCUGGCACAACAACGUGGCGAAAACCCUGCCCUCCACAAAGGCCUCGCGAGUGGGCGUGCUUCUCAACUGCGACCAUGGCUUUGUCAUCUUCUUCGCCGUGGCUGACAGGGUCCACUUGUUGUAUAAGUACAAGGUGGACUUCACUGAAGCUCUGUACCCGGCCUUCUGGCUGUUCACCCCAGGCGCCACGCUCUCCGUCUGCUCCUCCAAGUAGGCGGGCUCUGGACGCUUGGCCUGACUGCCUGUGCAGUGCCCGGGACUCUAGUGAAAAUGCUGUAUGUAGGUGGAGCUCUCAGGGAGGUUCCUGAGAGUCCCCAAGGGCUGAAAGGAUGGGAGGGGAGCUGGUGAGGGUGGGAGGAUAGGGAGAUGGGCUAAGAGGAUGGGUUUGGCCAGGGAAAGGGAUGGGGUGAUUGCGUUAUGGGUGAGGAAGCCUUUCUGCCUUCUGCUGCCCAUCAGGCAGGAUGACCCCCCCCCCCUUGUUCUGGUAGAUCUCCAGGCUGCCCGGUGGCCGGGUGCGGCUUUGCGGAGUGAAGUCCUUAGUGCCCCUCUGCUCUUGGACAUAAUCUAUAGCCACUGUGGGUUCUUCCUUAGGCCUCUGGUGUCUGCCUCUCUGCUCUCUGGGGUAGCCUUCAAAUCUUGGAGUUUUGAUGAUUCUCUACAGAGCUACUUAACUCUAUAGAUUUUUUAAAACAUUCCAAAGUCAUUGAAUUUCAUUAUUACUCACCCUCCACUACCUACACGUGGGAGUUGGGGUGAAUGCUCAGACCUCUGGUUAUUUUCUGUGCUUGAGGGAAGCUGUGCACAGCAGGUCUCCACCCAGACCAGAGUUUCCCAAAGAAGUAUGUCCUUUUCCUCCACUGUUUCCCUUUCUGUCUUGGACCUCAACACCCCAUCCAUGGUUUUAAAAUGUUGAGUCCAACAGGACCCUUUUCAGUCUAAGAUUUCAAACCAUAAUCUGAAUCAGCCUGUUUUGGAUUUGUGAUUCAGGGUCAAGGUGACCCAGGUCCCAUGUGGCUAGAAGCCCCUCCCACUCUCAUGUAUUAUGAAAGGCAUCUCAGCAGAGAUGCCUUGGUUACAACUACAGAGCCUUCUUCCCGUAGCCCAGGCUUUGGGGCAAGGCUCUUCACCAGGCAAGAGGGACCCUGACUGUGUUCGCAGUUGGAGGUUUUCUUCUGAGUGGAGCCUCUUGCCUUCUUACUGAUCACCCUCCUCAGUGACAGCCUCUGUUCCCCAGGAUUGUGAGAUCCUGCACUGGCUGGUGGAGAUACCACCGUGGCCAGCACAGUUGAACGUUCAGCUAAGCCCGCUGUCAGGCAGACAGGCCAGGUGUGGCUACCUCAGGGACCAUACUAGGUCACCUGCUGGGCUGACUACCUAUGGCCAGAAGGGCCUUCUAGCAGAUCCAUGGGAAACAGCAACAUUCCCGUUCAACCCAGCACUGGUCCUUGUGUGAGUUCGAGGCCUGUCACCAGCCCUAGCCCUUUCUACUUUCCUCCUCGUUUGAGCCAAUUCCAGAUGUAGGAAUUGACCAGGCAAAGGGUCAGGAAGACUUAAGGACCAGGGAGGAAAGAAGCUGCCAGGCUUAAGCACAAGGAGCUAUUUUUCCUGCAGUGUUUCUGUGCAGUGAAAAUAACCCCAGUCCACUCAGGGCGGGAGGGAAUGGAUUGCUGGAAUUUCCCAAGCUCCUUAUAUCCUGAUAUUGUCAGGAUGUAAGUUCUGAUCCCCAAAGUGAGAGAAAUGGAACCUCUUGUGGUGAAAUGUGUCCUGCUCUGGGCUUUGCCAAGAGGAGAGCUGAGGUCAGGCUCCUUGUGGUAUGAAAAGGAUAAUAAUACCACUGGAGACGGGGACCCCAGGCCUGUCCAUAUGGAUGUUUGACAAGUUAGUGCUUUUGGAGGCUUGUGCUGGGCCCCCAGGGCACUCUAGCCAGGCCCAGAGCACUUGAUAUUUCUGACAGAUGUGUUCAUCUGUGUCACCUCCCAACAAGAACUUCCACUUCCUUGGGAGAGAAAUCAUCUUUGUAGGGAAGAUCCCCCUGCGAUAGCUGAAAUGUGGUUUUUAAAAGUUUUCUUUCUUUGCUCCUGGGAAGAAAAGUUCUUUGUUGAUUCUUCUCUGCUUUUGGAGAUGGUCCAAAGCAUCUUCAUCGACCUCCUGAAACAAACGCCUUGUUUGAAGCCGGUUUGUACUCGGGAAACAGCUGGGUUUAGAGGGGAAUGCCGAAGAUUAAACCACGGGUCCUGCUUGGGCUCUUCUGCAGAAAUGAGGGCAGCCAAGGGGGCUGUUCCCUGAUGAUCUGUCAUCCAGCUCAGGAAAGGGAAGCAUGAGCCCCUGUGUUGAUGAGAGGCAAGCGGGUAACCCAAGGUGAGCCCUGUGUGGGUUCUUUGCGUGAACUGAGGGGCAUUCCGAACCAUUCUGUUUCCAGUGGUGAGACUCUACGUCCCCUCCCUUGACUUGCGGGGCCGGUGCCCGACACUAGCGUCCUAGAGUUGGGGGAAAUUUUGUGUUCAUCUGACUUCCCGUUUUGCAAAGUAAGUCAGAUGGGGAGGUAUCGGAUGACUCCACUCACCGCUCUUGACAUCCCAUUAUGGAAGAGGUGCCUUCUUAGAUGCCCCUGGUACCCUGGGGGAAGGGUCAGAACUUCCCAGAUACACAGACAUAAAAACACUCUCCCAACCUAGGUAUCAGGGGCUGUCUCAGUCACUCUGGUGUGAUAAACGAAAGGUCAGGGUCAAGUGUUUGUUAUUAUUCAAGGGCUGAUUGAUUGGUUCUCCUGUUAUAAUUACUCUGAAAUGGGUCUGUGAUCUAUACAUAAUACUGAUACAUUAUUUCUUACCUUAUUCUGCUCCACUGUAUUGAUUUUAAAUAAUUAGGAGUAUUUAAGCUUAUAUUCUUGAGCUUAUAUUUUUAAGAGUUGAUUCUUUCAGAGAUAAUAAGGGCUGUAGACACAGGUCUUCUGAAACCCACGAGAAAUACCAGAGCCAAGGCCCGCUGACAUGCCUUAGAAGCUUUGAAUGCAAUAAAGCCGUGCGUGGUAUUGUUUCACACAUUGCAGUGUGUGUAGAAAGUGUUACUUAUCUGUCAUGCUGGAGUCAGCAAAUGAGGUGUCCAAGGGCCUCUGGCUGCCCCCCACCCAGAUGCCUGGGGGCUGAGAUUUCAGCAGAACUAUAGCCCCUUUGAGGCUGCCAUGGGUGUGGCAGCCACUCAGGAAGCUUUCGAUGCAGAAAUCUCAGCCAGAUAAGAUGUCCUUCUGGGCUUUGCCUCAGGAUGGGGGUGGGGAGGAAGGGGAGGGGUAUGAGUGAAAAGGUAAAUGGGGUAAUCAGGGAAACAGUGACGGAAGUGGGAGGGUUCACUGUAUUAUGCCUUCUAUUGUUAUCUCUGUUUGAAAAUUUCUAUAAUAAAAAGUUGAAAAAAUGAAACAAAAACCAGCCAGCAGUGGGCCCUGUUCACGGAUUUUAUCCUUGUUUGAAGAGAGGUAGGAGUUGUGCUUGGUGUGGAUUUGAGGUUGUUGAAUAAUAAUUUGACUGGCUGUUGUCUCUUGUUCCUGCUGGGGAGAUACUAAAUCCUUGGAAUUUCCCCAGUAAUAGGAGCGUCCUUAUUAUUCAUGAGCCCCUUGGAUCACACCUGAAUUUAUGCUAAGAAGUGAGAUGACCCAGGAUCGGGGCUGGUCGGCAGAGAGACCAGGCGUGAGAUGAGAGGGUUGGUCUCCCUGAGCCAGCCUCACCCCCAGGAGGGGAGAGGGGCUGGAAAUCGAGUUGAAAUAUGUGGUCAGUGAUUCAAUCAGUCGUGCCUGAUAAAAGCUGGGCACCCCGAAGAUCUGAAACAGGAGGGAAGGGGGCAGGGCACAACCUUUGAAAGAAUGACAUAGCCCGAGGACAUGACAUAAACUGAUUAGAAGCAAAUGAGUCCAAGCUGGAGGACAAGUCAACUUCCACUAGACAUUGUGCCUCAGUAUACACUCUUCUUCUUUUUAAAUGUAUUUAUUUUAUUUAUUUCUAUUUUUGGCUGCGUUGGGUCUUUGUUGCUGCGCGCGGGCUUUCUCUAGUUGCGGCGAGCAGGGGCUACUCUUCGUUGCGGUGCGUGGGCUUCUCAUUAUGGUGGCUUCUCUUGUUGUGUAGCAUGGGCUCUAGGUGCACGGGCUUCAAUAGUUGUGGCACGUGGGCUCAGUAGCUGUGGCUCGUGGGCUCUAGAGCUCAGGCUCAGUAGUUGUGGCGCACGGGCUUAGUUGCUGCGUGGCAUGUGGGAUCUUCCUGGACCAGGGCUCGAACCCAUGUCCCCUGCAUUGGCAGGCGGAUUCUUAACCACUGCGCCACCAGGGAAGCCCAGUAUACGCUCUUUGUAACACAUCAGCAAGCUAAAUGACACAGCCACAGGCGCCAUGACGGUUCCAAGGCCCACCAUAAGGAUCAAAAAGUGGGCGGUGGCCCAAUUCCUGGAAAUCCCCACCCCUUCCUGAAAUAGCUGGAAUACUCCUCCCACUCAUUAGCCUAUGAAAUCACCCACCUCUAUAAAAACUGAGAACCUCAUACCCUGGGGCUGCUCUCAGCUUCUGAGAUGGCCCACACUCUGUCUGUGUAGUGUGUUUCUUUCUAAAUAAAUCCACUUCUUACCUAUCACUUUGUCUCUCACUGAAUUCUUUCUGCCAUGAGACAUCAAGAACCUGAGCUUCAUUAAGUCCUGAAACCAGGUGUGUGAUCUCAGUUGGAAGACGGUGGGUUUUGCCCGGGUUUGAGUCCCGGCAUGUGGGUUCAAGUCCCAAUCUGAGGUGCAUGGUUUCAGCUCCACUGAACACCCCGAUUCCACAGGGAGAGGGACAGGAGCUCUGGGUUGGUGUCCCUUCUGGACCUCAUUCCAUAUGUCUCUUCAUUUGGGCAGUCUUGAUCUGUAUCCUUUACAAUGAAACUGUAAUCAUAAGUAUAGUGAUUUCCUGAGCUCUGUGAAUUCGAGUAACACUUACACUGAAGCUGAGGGAGGUCAUGUGCUAUAGACCGGAGGUUGAUGCUGCCGCCCAAUUCAUAUGUUGAAACCUCACCCCCAGUGUGGUGGUAUUGGAGGUGAUUAGAGGGUGGCGCCCUCAUGAAAGGGGUUAGUGCCCUUAUACGUGAGACCCCAGAGAGCUCCCUCACCCCUUCUGUCAUGUGAGGACGCAGCAAGAAGACAGCUGUCUCUCAACAAGGAAGCAGUUCCUUACCAGACACUGAACCUGCCAGCGCCUGCUUCUUGGACUUCAGCCUUCAGAGCUGUGAGAAAUAAGUGUUUUUGUUUAAGGCACCCAGUUUAUGGCAUUUUUGUUAUAGCAGACCAGACUAAGCCUUCUGGAUGUGUGUGUAGCCAGUUGGUCAGAAGUGUGGGUGGCCUGGGGACCCCCUGAAGUGUGGCUGGGGUCUGAAGUGAGGGCAGUCUUGCUGGGACUGUGUCCUUUGGCCUGUGGAGCCUGACUCUGACUCCAGGGGUUAUCAGCAGAAUUGUACUGCAGGAUGCCAGCUGGUGUCAGAGAGAGAUGGCAGGACUUGCAAACUUUGAAUAAGCCCUUGACCAACUUGUCAGAAGAAACUACACUGUUCUUUCUUUCUUUUUAAACAUUUCUUAUAGCAGGUUUAUUUGCAAAAACUGGAAACAACCCAAGUGUCCAUAAACAGGGUGAACAGAUAAAUUUUGCUGUAGCCAUACAGUGGAAAACUGCUCAGCGUAUAAGGAAGGAACUAUUGAUGCACGUGAAAACAUAGAUCAAUCUCAAAAUAAUUAUGCUGACUGAAAAAAGCCAGACGUGAAAGAGUAUAUAGUGUAUGAUUGCAUUUAUGUAAAACUCUAGAAAAUGCAAACUCUCUAUAGUGACAGAAAGCAGUUUAGGUAUUGCCCUGGAAGGGGGGUGGGCAGGAGAGGCUGCAGGGAGGGAUUAUAAUGAGGCAUGAGGAAACUUAGGGGAAGAUGGUUAUGUUCACUAUCUUGAUUAAGGUGAUAGUUUCAUGGGUAUUUGCGUAUGUCGAAACUUAAAUUGUACAACUUAAAUAUAUGCAGCUUACUGUGUCAAUUAUACCUCAAUAAAGCUUUUUUUAAUUUUAA